AUGUUUUUCGCAGCAGGCCCUGGAUACAUUGGUGGAUUCGAAUUUAAACGCGACGACUACGUUAACCUAACGGAGCGAGCGCAGCUGCACUACAAACAGCCUACCGCUAUCCCCUAUUUCGUAGGUUCACACGGCGGAGAAGAUGUACCUCUUUGGGCAGAUGGACCCUUGUCACAGUCAGUGAUCAGAAUUUUUAUGUCGCAAUACUAUCAUUUCUCUAUUGAGACUAUUCUCCUCCACUCUGGAAAACACUGA